UCAUGUAGGUAUUUUCUUGCGUGAUUUAUCUGUAUAUGUUUUUAUUUUUGCUUUAGGAGAUGUGUGCGGGCUUUAAGUAAACAGCUGAAUAGCCAUUUGUUUAAUUGCGUAGUUAAAAAUUAAUAUUUGCGCGAACAGCAGCCUACAUUUGGCGGUGCUCCAGCUCCUCUCCCACCAUCAGGCGCAGAUCCCAGGUUCACGUCAAGUGAGCUACUAGCUGAGCAGGGUGAAACCAGAACAGGACCGGGGUGUUUACUCUUAUGAGCAGAGUUAACUCUCAGGUGAAACUGCUCCUUUCAGCAUUAUGCUGUGCAAUAAAAACCAAGUACGCUGAAUAUGUCGGGCAGUUGGUAGCAGCUAGACGUGCAACCAGCCCCAUGUCCAAGAUCUGGGUGUGAACAGCUUGGUACACCAUGUCUCUGUUGCUGAUAUUCUUCCUUUUCCUUCUCCUGCUUGGGAUUGUCUUGUGUGUCUUUUUUAGGUGGCUUGUAUGCACCCUGGCUGUCCGAUCCUUCCAGACUGCACUGAAUGCUAAUCUAAACAUCAAAUCAGUGGGACUGUUUUCUGUCCAAGGAGUUAGUAUCCAGUUUCAUCCCCAGCAUACUCUGGAAAUUGACAGAAUAUGGAUUUCAAGUAAACUUCUAAACCAGGAUUUGCCGAGAUACCUGGCAUUGUGUGUUGGUGAAACCAGAGUUAGGUUCAACUUGCAAACACCAAAGGAUUUCAGUCAGUCCCACAAUGCUACGCUUUCUGUCACAAGUAUGGAGCCUCACAAUUUGUCAGUCUUUAUUCAGCUGCUGUCAUUUCACAUCAGCUCAAUUAAUGUGAUAGUGCUGAACCUUGCACUGUCAGAGUCUCUAUGGCACAUGACUAUCACAUGCAUCACUUUGUUACUUGACCAUCAGAGUAAAAGGUUGGCAUGGGACUUCUCAGUUGGACAACUAAGCAGUAAAGUUCUCAAAAGCAGUCAGUUGGACAUAUGUUUGGCUGAAGUGGCCCUGAGCCUACUGCUGUCUGGAGAUGUGAGUCUACCAGACAUGAAGCCAGGUUUUCUGUCCCUGAGUGUGAGGACACUUAUAGCAGAGCUGCAUGAAGGACUGUUUCUCAGCCAGCUUGCGCUCCCCCCGUCUCCCUCAAAGAUCAUCCAUGAUACAUCUGUUGAGCAAACUCGAGAAUGUGAAAGCAGCGAGUUCAUUCAAACUGAGGCUGUGGAACGGUUUCAUCAGCUGAUUCCCCACAAGAUCAAUGUGGAAUUUGAUAAUACAAAUGUAACCCUGUCCAUGCACAGCCAGAAAAGACACCUGAACUGGACUCUGAAGUCUUUAAAGGUCUGCUAUGAACGUGAUGAUGAGCAGCUUCCCCUUAAAAGCUUCUCUCCUGACUUGAGCUUUCCUCAGAGCAGCCUGGAGCUCCGUCUAGAGGAUGGACUUCUCCUUUCUCAAAGUAGGCAAAGAAUCCUAUGUGUGAACACUUUGAAGACAACCCUACAGGUCACAUCAAUGGACAUCUCGGGGUCAUUCACAGUCAACACUUGCAUCAUCCACUACCGCCACCAGGAGUUCUCCCAUUGGCUAAAUCUAUUUCCAUGGGAACAGCUAAUCCACCGGAAGGCAGCACAUAGAAAACGGCACCUCCCUCAACUGGAUGCUCCUGUGAUGAUCACCUCCUCUAUUUCCAACAUUAAUGUAUCUGUUCAGCUGGGAGACACCGCACCUUUUGCUCUUGGCUUCCUGUCUGCCAGUGCAGAACUGCAGCAUCUCCUUGACAUUAAAGUUGACAAGGAGGGCCCAGAGUCCCAGAAUGUGCAUCAGCGUGCCUCACUGUGCCUGGACAACUUCUGGUGGAGAGUGGGUCAGGGGUCUCAUAUCCAGCAAGCACCCCACCCUCCGGGUAAACAUGUGUGGGGGGAGGCACUAAUUCUAGACUCUCUCAGUCUUCAGGGGAGUUUCAACCGACCCUGCAUGGAGUCAAGUAGCCACUUUCCAAGUUUGAGUGUGGAGUCCCGUCUGAAAGGCCUUCAGGUUGAGCUUUCAGAGACAUGUGCACUGUGUCUGUCUCGCCUGUUGUUCCUCAUCUCUAUUCCUCCUGACACUAGGCCACAGCUGUCUGAUGUGGCUGCAGUGUCUCCCUCUAGUGAUGAAACUGUGCCACCCAUGUCCACCUCACAGCUACAUCUACUGUUUAAACUGGAUUGUUGUCUGGAGGAUGUUAACGUGUUCACACGCUCUAAUCUGGCAGGAGCUGUGUCUUUGCGGAUGGAUAGUGUGGGAGUCCUGGGCUCUGCUGAGAGCUCCAGGCUGUCUCUGCAGGGUGUUAGCUUGUCUGUGAUCAGGAUGCUUACAGAAAAUAUGGAAGCAUGUUGCCCUGCUUGCCAAACCCCCAAACCUGUGCUUAAAGUCAGCACAAUAGCCUUCUGUUACCACGUCACCACCAAUACCUUACAGGUUCAGUGUGAAGAGGAGCUCACUGUUGAAUGGACACCACCAGAUCACAUGGUCUUGUAUCAGCACAUGACUGAAGCUCGGGCUUGUUGGUGUAUGCUUUAUGGAGAUAAAGGAGAAGUGGACAGUCCCGUCAAACCUACAGAGAGUGAAAGUGCUUCAGGUCAAAGUAGAGGGUUGUGUCUGCGUGUUGAACUGGGCUGUACUCGUUUAACAGCCCAUGUUAGUGAGAAGAACUUUAUUCUCCUGCACACAGAUGCCCUUUCAGUUUCCAAGCAUGCUGGCUCCAUGCACAUACGGUCUCCUUCUCUGGUCUUUAACUUUGACGGCAACAACAUAGUCUCCUUUAAAGGCCUAGAUGUGGAGACGCACCCAGAGCUGACUGAGAUGCAGCUGCGCAGAGACACUUUCCCCUUCCUCACCAUUCCUCACAACAGUGUCUGGGUUCUUACUUGCCCAUACCUGGCUGUCGAAUUCCCCUACCAGUACAAUUUCUCAAACACCUUUGACUUGGCCAUCAGUGUGCAAAAGUGGCUGAAGACUUUGCAUCGCUCCCCAAGUCAGGCCUCUGCCAUCCAGCGUCUGCCUCCUGACCUUGUGUUUAAAAUUAGCCAGUUCUCCUUUGUCUUCCUGGAUGACAUCUUUGAAAUCAAGCUGCGAGACAACUAUGAGCUAAUGAAGGACGAGAGUAAAGAAAGUGCAAAGCGUCUACAGCUUCUGGAUAAGAAGGUGGCAGAUCUGCGCAAGCAACAUGGAGAACUUCUGCCUGCCAGAAAGAUAGAAGAGCUCUAUAGUUCACUGGAGAAAAAGCACAUAGAGAUCUACAUCCAGCGUUCACGCCGCCUCUAUGCAAACACACCCAUGAGGAAGUCUUUGCUGACAUGGACUGUGUCAGACUUGGAGCUGGUAGUCCUGGCUGAUCAGUCCCUUCAUGGACCUGAGAGGGUUAGAGAGCAGCUGAGGAACAUUGAUGGGAUCAGUCCCUUUCCCAGAGAUGGACUUCCUCUCGUGGUCCAGUGGUGCCGUGCAGUCAAAUUUAAACUGGCUGCAUUUUUGGUGAGAAUUCGAGACUACCCUCGCUACCUAUUUGAGAUCCGGGACUGGGAGCUGUCGGGCCGUCUGAUUGGGACCGAACAGGAUGGACAGGCAAGAGCUCAACGCAGAGAGAUUAUCCCACUUGGUCCACCAUGGGGAGAUGUGACAGUUCACAGGAAUAUGCCACCACUAAAGUUCUACUAUGAUUUCAAAUCUAACAUCUCUCUCUACACGAUUGUGUGGGGACCGUGUUGGGACCCUGCCUGGACUUUGAUUGGGCAGUCAGUUGACCUGCUGACCAAACCCACAGUUGAUCCCUCACCUCUUUUGGCCUGGUGGGAUAAGAGUCGUCUCCUGCUGCAUGGGCGCUGGGUCAUGAACAUUGAUCAGGCCAAUCUACAUCAUCUAGCUACGGAGGACCCCUACAACACUACAGAAAACCUGCACUGGGAGUGGAUUAAGCUGAACUUUGACUGGAACCCUGGGCAGUUUGUUUUUAAAGGGGACUUAGAUGUAAAUGUUAGGACAGCAUCAAAGUACGAUGAUAUCUGUUUCUUGCACCUGCCCAACCUCUGUAUGACCCUCGACCUCCAAUGGCUUUGCCAUGGUAAUCCUCAUGACCACCAUGCUGUAGUGGUCUGCUGUGCAGACAACGUUACAGAUGUGACCUCAGGACAACCUCAUGACUCCUACAGAGCCUUCCGCUCUGAGAAUCUCAAUCUCUCUAUCACCAUGGACCUUAACCAGCACUCUGACCCAGAACUAUCCCAGCCCAGAAUCCUUCUGUACAGCAGCACUCUGCGCUGGAUGCAGAACUUCUGGGCUACCUGGACGAGUGUAUCUCGACCGAUUUGCAGAGGCAAGCUCUUCCACAGCCUCAAGCCGGUCCGCAAGAAGCUGGGUCAGCACUACAAACAGAUGUCCUACACUGCUGCCUUCCCACAACUACAGGUGCAUUACUGGGCUUCUUUUGCUCAGCAGAGAGGUAUCCAAGUGGAGUGCCACAAAGGCCAUGUCUUCACUCGAGGGUCACAAAGACUUAUUCCACAGGCUGGCACUGUGAUGAGGAGGCUAAUCUCUGAAUGGAAUGUGACUCAGAUGGUUAGUGAGCUUUCUCAGGUGACGGUGCACCUAAUGGCCUCUACAUGGGAUGAGACGACUGACCACCAGAUGAAUGCUCAGGUGAAUAAGACUCACCUGCUCAGCCUGUCCUCCCUGAGCUACCAGCGCCACAGCAUCCGCAUGGAAGAGGAGGUGAACCCAAAGGAUGAGACUAAUGCUUCUUACGCUCACAAACUACACCUGGUGGACCUGCGUGCUUCCUGGACCACGACUAACAGGAACAUAGCGUUUGGGCUGUACGACGGUUACAAAAAGGCAGCAGUGCUGAAGAGAAACCUCUCCACUGAAGCUUUGAAGGGUCUGAGGAUUGACACACAGCCGCAGACCAAGAAGAUCAAACGCUCUCCUUCCAUCUACUCCCCCACCACAGCGCCUACCACACUAGUUACGCCUGCUGUCAACCGAGUAGAAAAAAGUCAAAAUGAAGGAACGUCAAUGCUCCAGAAACUGAUUGAGGAAACAGACAAGUUUGUGGUGUUUUCAGAGGAGGACUCUGGUGUCAGUGACCAGCUGUGUGGUAUUGCAGCAUGUCAGACCGAUGAUGUUUAUAACCGCAACUGGUUUAUCGAGUUGGUCAACUGUCAGAUGAUGUUGCGUGGCACAGAGACUGCAGGCUGUGUGUUGGUGUCUGCGGCAAAAGCACAGCUGCUACAGUGUGAGCACCACCCUGCCUGGUACAGUGACACCCUGAAGCAGAAAACUACCUGGACCUGCCUGCUGGAUGGCAUGCAGUACUUUGCAACCAUGGAGCCCCAACCAUCUGAGCAGGAGGACAAGCAGCUGUGGCUGGAGGUGAAAAACAUAGAGGAACACAGGCAGCGUAACCUGGAUUCAGUUCUCGAGCUGAUGGAGAGUGGCCAGGCUGUGGGAGGAAUGGUUAGCACCACUACAGACUGGAACCAGCCUGCUCAGGUGACUGAGGCACAGCAAGUUCAACGUAUCAUUUCACGUUGUAGCUGCAGGAUGCAUUACAUCAGUUACAGUCAUGACAUCAACCCAGAGCUGGCCACACAGAUCAAACCACCAGAGAUGAGGAAUAACCCUGAGAAAGAGGACCUGCUGAAAAAACAGGCUGGGGCUGUGGAUACCUUCACCCUCAUUCAUCAUGAUCUUGAGAUAUCCACUAACCCUGUUCAGUACGCUAUGAUCCUGGAUAUUGUCAACAACCUGUUGUUACAUGUGGAGCCCAGACGCAAGGAGCACAGUGAGAAAAAGCUACGAGUGCGUUUCCAGCUGGAAAUUUCUAGUAACCCUGAGGAGCAACGCAGCAGCAUUUUACAUCUUCAGGAAGCAGUCAGGCAGCACCUGGCUCAGAUUAGACGCCUUGAGAAACAGAUUUACUCCAACAUCAGGGCACAAUCUGAGGAACUGAGUGGUGAACUGCUGGAGAUCAACACAAGACUGCAGAACCAGCUGAACCAGGAAAAGAAUGACAUGCAGAUGAAGAGUGAAGAGCUCAACAUUCUCAUCAGAUGUUUUAAGGACUUCCAGCUGCAGCGGGCAAACAAGCUGGAGCUACGUAAGCCACCAGAGGAUGUGAGUGUGGUGAGGAGAACAGAGAUCUACUUUGCCCAGGCCCGCUGGUGUUUGACCGAAGAGGACGGCCAGCUCGGCAUAGCUGAGCUGGAGCUGCAGAGGUUCAUGUACAGUAAGCUGAACAAGUCUGAUGACACAGCAGAGCAUCUUUUGGAGCUAGGGUGGUUCACAAUGAACAACCUGCUGCCCAAUGCAGCAUACAAGGUUGUACUUCGUCCUCAGAGCACCUGCCAGUCAGGACGCCAGUUUGCUUUGCGGAUCUUCAGUAAAGUGCGCCCUCCUGUGGGAGGGAUUUCUGUGAAGGAACACUUUGAGGUGAAUGUGGUGCCACUCACUAUCCAGCUGAAGUACCAGUUCUUCAAACGAAUGAUGGGAUUUUUCUUCCCAGGAAGAAAUGUUGAGGAGGAGGAAGUUGCUGAUGAGGAGGACAAAUUCAGAUUGGUUACUACUGGUAUUCCUGUCAAACCUCGGCAGCCGUCAGAGGACACCAUGGGUGCUAUGGGCCCCAGCAAAGGUGUCGCCCAGGGACUGAAUCGCACAGCUGGGGUCAGGAGGUCAUUCAGGAAGCCUCCAGAGCACCCUGUUGAUGACAUUGAUAAGAUGAAGGAGCGAGCAGCUAUGAACAACUCUUUCAUCUACAUCAAGAUUCCCCAAGUCCCCCUGUGUGUCAGCUAUAAGGGAGAAAAGAGCAGUGUUGACUGGAAGGACCUGAACCUGGUUCUCCCCUGUUUGGAAUACCAUAACAACACGUGGACGUGGCUCGAUUUCGCUAUGGCUGUGAAAAGGGACAGCAGGAAAGCACUUGUAGCACAGGUGAUAAAAGAGAAGCUACGUCUGAAGCCAGCUUCAGGCUCAGAGAUGCGGGGGAAGGUGUCUGAAGCAAAGUCAGACAACAGUCUGCAGCAGGAGGAGGACGAGAAGGCGCGGCUCCUCAUCGGCCUCAGCACUGCAGACAAGACAUCCAGCAAGAAGAGCAUCUUCAGUCGGCGCAAGUGAAACUACAAACGCACACAUUCACUUUGAAGCUGAGCUCGAUUGGACCAUCUGCUCCAGCAGCAGAAACACUCCCUCUGAACAGGUGGAGAUGGUGGAGCCUUUCAGGUUGUUCUGUGGAAUGCCUUUCUAUAUCACAGUAUGAGCCUGCUGAAAUUAAAGGAACGUUCUGGAGUGUUUGUUUUUGUCUCUUGAUGUGUCUCAGAUGUGAAUUUCUGCUCAGACCCUGCAGUGAGUUCCCACUGCUCCAGGAUCAGCAGAGUGUCAGUCUGACCAAACAUUGUUUAUGUGUGUGCCACUGAAGUUUCACUCUUCAUUUCAUCCACUCUGCAACUUGGAAAAUGAUGACCACUUAGGCUGCACUGAACGUAGCCAUGAAGAUGUCCAGUUUGGAGCCUGUACUUCACUGUUACUGUCUUGUCUGCCGUUUCCUGCUGGCUCAGGAACACUGUCUGCUAGAACAAACAGGACUUAGUUGAAGCUUCAGUGCUGUCAGCUGUAAACAUUUUGUAUGAUUUUGUACAUGGCUGUAUGACUGUCGCUGUGACAGGAAGGCCUUCUCCCAUAAAAGAUGCUGUUUUAUAUUUCACCUGUAAAUGAGCGCCUGUGUCCUUUAGCUGUUUACUGUACCUCACCUCAGUGCAAUACCACUAACAGAGCAGCAAAAACAUUUUCAUGUGUAAGCCAGCCCUCACUUUGAUCGUGUUGUGGGCAAAUACGUCGCAGCUAUUUGCUGAGUGUAUGUUUUGUCAUUUUAACACAAAGGCACUUUGUAUUUUGAUAGUUUUGUAACCAUGGUUGUUUCUGUUAAAUGACCUGUGUAACCAUGCUGCUGAAGCUUGUUCCAUCACAUUUCUGUAAAGAAGGAAGAAACAUUCCCUGAACAUUUCACUUAAACGGAUCAAUAUCACAAAAGCAGAGGCAUUCACACUACUGUUAGCGCUUAUUGUUUAUCUGUCAGAAACUGUCCUGUCUCUCACUGGUGCAUCUGUGGAUUAUUGUGUGGACUAUAAAUAAAGGGGCAGGUCUGUGAGUUGCGGGAAGUUGAUUGCUCAUUAAUCUGACAGCAGGAACUGGAGGGAAUCGGGCUGCUGGCCCAGGACGGCUGUGUGCAGACAGGCUGCAAACGGCUGUCAACAUGUGGAUCUAAGGCGCUG